AUGCUCACCAGUAUAUCUGCCUACGGGGCAUCCAGCCUCCGGUCACUCCGUUACAGCGGAGCCUACAUUGCUGCCUAUAGCAUCCCGGUCACCUCGGAGCUUGCCGACCUUUGCAUCUGCUCAGGCGACCCGCUCGCGACGAGCGCCCUACAGACAGUGUCUGCCAGUGCUCGUGCCAGAUCAGUUGCCGGCAAUGCCGCACCUUGCAAGUUGCAAAAUUUGAAAGAGCUUCAGCUGCUGAUGUUUGCAAUGUCCAAUGAAAACCUGGAUGACAUUUAUGUUUUCCUCAUGAACUGCUGCGGCCCUCGAUUGGAGAGGCUAUUUGUGCAGCUUCCGGCAAGGGGCUAUCAAUGUGCUCCAAAGAAAGAACUAUCAGGGAUCAGAAUCAGAGGAAGAGAUCGGCCAGUGGAAGAGCUGUCAGAGGGAGAGCCACCUGAGGAAGCUGAGCUAGACGAAUAUCAAUCAGAGGCUUUUGAGAACCUUAUGUUGCUGAAGAUGAUUAAUUUCAGGGGUCGCGACAAUGGGAUGCGGCUGGUAAGGCUUGUGCUGAAGAAGUCUACUCGUCUCAACCAGCUGAUACUAUUUACUCCCACAAUUAAUCACCAAAAAGGAUCGCGGCCAAGAAAAAAUCAGCCCAAAGGGCUCAAGAAGGACCAUAUGGAUACACCCCAAUUUAUUGAAACAAAACUAUUGUCUCUCAGAAAGGCCUCGCCGAACGCUCAGAUAAUUCUCAGUGAGCCUGAUGAUAGUGCAAUUGAGCCGUUGCACUGUGAGGGUUUUGUCAAGGUUGAUUGAUUUGUUAUUAGUGGAUUUUAAGCAGAUAAUGUGAAAUUAUCGGAGAGUAGCAACUGUUCUGUAAGAUGAAGGGCAAGGUAAAUCUUCAAGGUAGGCAGGAUGUUGUAUUCUGCAGUCCAUGAAGGAUCAUGGAGUAUACUGUAUGGCCCUCAUAUGCACCUUAGCUCCUGAAGACUAUCGCAUCAUGUUUAUCCACUGUAGGAGGCUGGACAAGAAUUUCUUAUGAAAAUACUGUAGGAGGCUGAGUGUCUGAGACUUGCU